AUGUCAAUGGAAAUUACUCAAGUUCUUAUAUGUGCUCAAUCCCCUGAUGGGAAAGUACGGGCUGCCGCUGAAGAAAGUCUCAGGCAAUUUCAGGAGCAGAAUCUUCCCAUCUUCCUCUUGUCCCUCUCAGUUGAGCUCUCAAGCGAUGCGAAACCGCCUGAAUCCCGUCGACUUGCUGGUAUCAUCCUCAAGAAUUCCUUAGACGCUAAAGAUGUCAUGACGAAGGAGCGUCUGAUACAGCAAUGGGUCAAUCUUGACCCGCUCACGAGGGCCCAGAUUAAAGAAUCGCUAAUGCGCACCCUUCCAUCAUCUGUGCCCGAGGCAAGACAUACAUCAUCUCAGGUCAUUGCCAAGAUAGCCUCCAUUGAGCUUCCACGUAAGGAAUGGUCGGAUCUCGUUGAAAGAUUAUUAUCCAAUAUGACGCAGCAUAGUUCUUCCGCAGCACUGAAACAAGCAACCAUGGCGACUCUCGGGUAUGUCUGUGAAGAAAUAUCCCCGGAUGAUCUUGAACAGGGCCAAGUGAACUCUGUGCUGGCGGCCGUGGUCCAGGGAAUGAGUAAACCGGAGCAAAAUGCUGAGGUUCGUCUUGCUGCUGCCAGGUCUCUAUAUAAUGCUCUCGAUUUUGCGCAGAUUAAUUUUGAGAACGAGUUGGAAAGGAAUUACAUCAUGAAGGUUGUCUGCGACACCGCUGUUUCCGGCGAACUAGAAAUCCGGAAAGCCGGAUUUGAAUGCCUAGUUUCCAUCUCUUCUCUGUACUACGAAGUGCUGGAGCCAUAUAUGCCAACACUUUAUGAUCUGACUUCAAAUGCAGUCAAGGGAGACGAAGAGCCAGUUGCCCUCCAAGCAUUAGAGUUUUGGAGUUCUAUCUGUGAUGUUGAGAUCGAUAUUCAGCAGGAAUGUGACAGCAAUGAAUCUGAGAGCCCAAGUGCCAUCAACCAUCAUUUCAUUGAGAAAGCCCUUCCGAUGCUCGUCCCCAUGCUGCUGGAGUCGUUACUGAAGCAAGAUGAGGACCAGAAUCAAGAUGAUGGAACCUGGAAUCUGUCCAUGGCCAGUGGGACCUGUCUUCAGCUUGCUGCCAAGGCUGUUGGAGAUGAGGUUGUGCCUCUUGUGAUGCCUUUUGUGGAAGCUAACAUCACAAAGGCCGACUGGCGGAGCCGAGAAGCUGCUACCUUUGCAUUUGGGUCUGUGCUUGAAGGCCCGUCAAUUGAGACAUUGUCACCUCUGGCUCGUGCUGGAUUGGACUUCUUGCUCAACGCAAUGGGGGAUCGGAAUGUCCUGGUCAAGGACACGACGGCUUGGACUGUUAGUCGGAUAUUCGAGUUCUUGCAUUCUCCAAGCUCCAGAUUUUCCGUAGUCUCAGUGGUCAACCUGCCUAGAAUCAUGUCAGUGUUGCUGGAAAGCAUCAAUGAUUCGCCUACUGUGGCUGAGAAGGUCUGCGGAGCAAUACAUAAUCUUUUUCAGGGCAUUGAGGAAGCGAACUUAGAAUCCUCCAUCCUCUCUCCUUACUACACGCAGACCAUCGUCGCUCUCCUCUCAGCAGCCGAUCGCAAAGAUGCUAUGGGUUCAAGGCUCAGGGCCUCUGCUUACGAGGCAAUUAAUGAAGUAGUUAGAUGCAGCACCCUUUCAGAAAUCUCUUACGUAGCUCAGCUGCUUCGGGAAGUAAAAGAUAGGCUGGCCUGGACUUUCUCUCUCCAAGUUACCUCCUCCGAGGAGAAGGAGAGGCAAACGGACGUGCAGGCCUUGCUCUGUGGCGUCCUUCAAGUCAUAGUCCAGAAGCUGGGUGCCUCUGAUGAAACCAAGCCAUUGAUCCUCCAGUCAGCUGACGAGAUGAUGACGUUAUUUCUCCGGGUCUUCGCUUGUCGCAGUUCCACUGUGCAUGAAGAAGCGAUGCUCGCCAUUGGAGCCCUAGCUUAUGCUACGGGUCCCGAGUUCUCUAGGUACAUGCCAGAGUUCUACAAGUACCUGGAGGUGGGCCUGCAGAAUUUCGAAGAGUAUCAGGUCUGUUCAGUCUCGAUUGGCGUAGUUAGUGAUAUCAGCCGUGCAAUUGAUGAACAGAUUGACCCUUUCUGCGAUGCCAUAAUGAGCCAGCUCCUCAAGAACUUGUCUGAUGCCAGGCUGCACAGAUCCGUCAAGCCUCCGAUAUUCUCAUGCUUCGGGGACAUAGCCCUCGCCAUUGGCAAGCGGUUUGAGAAAUAUCUUCCUUUUGUUCUGCCAAUGUUGCAGGGAGCCGCAGAGCUCUGCUCCAGCUUUGAUCCCAAGGAUGAGGAGAUGCUUUGCUACGGAAACCAGCUGAGGACCUGCAUAUUCGAUGCUUAUUCUGGUAUACUUCAGGGUUUUAAAAGCUCCAAGCCAGAUCUUAUGACUCCCCAUGCUGCCCACAUCCUUCUGUUCAUAGAAGCCGUUUUCAGAGACAAAAAUAGGUAAAUUCCACAUUUUUCCAGACUUGGGCCAUAGAAAAAUCCAGCCAAAGAAGAAAAAUAGCCAUGGCCCCUCUCUCUCUCUCUCUCUCUCUCUCUCUCUCUCUCUCUAAUCAGUCCUUGAAUGGCAUGUAGGGAUGAAGGGGUGACAAAAUCUGCGGUGGCGGUGAUGGGGGAUAUUGCCGACGCUCUGGGCCCAGAAGUCAACACACUCCUCAAAGAUCGGACAUUCCACACGGAGAUCCUGGGCGAGUGCUUCGAAUCGGGGGACGACCAGCUGAAGGAGACGGCGACCUGGGCUCGGGGGAUGCUUGGCCGAGUUCUGGUUUCAUGA